UUUUUUAAUUAAAUAAAAAGCAUUUCACUAUUAAAACUUUAAGAUCACAUUUCGGCUUAUCACUGCGUAAGUAGUGUGGUUGUGCCAUUAAUGUUGCAUUAGUGUGUGCACUCCAUAGUUCGGUGCAUUAAUUUAUAUCUACGACAUAAUACAAUAAAUAAUAGCGCGUAAAACGCGUUUCAAUAAAUUGCACAUCAAAAAAGCUUGGGGCAAGUUGAUUUUUUUAAUACAAUUUGAACGAGAUAAAAAAUGUACUGUGAAGGUUAGAUACAAUUAGAAAAGAACAACCAGCCGUAAAGUCCAAUGCAACUGUGAAUGAAUAGCUCCCACGUUUAUAUACAGAGAAUAAAACCAGACGCAAAAUGGAUAAUAGUAAAGUGGAUGACGAAAAUCAACGUAAUAUUAACGAUGGGGAUUGGAUUUGUCCCGAUUCUCAAUGUGCCAAUGUAAAUUUUGCAAGAAGAAACUCUUGUAAUCGAUGUGGAAAAGAUAGAGGUGAAUGUCCUAAGAAAAAAAAAUUAGGGCAAGAAAUUGGUAAAGCAGCAGCAGAGAAAAGCAGAGGAUUAUUCAGUGCUGACGAUUGGCAGUGCAGUAAGUGUGGAAACGUAAACUGGGCCCGACGACAACAAUGCAAUAUGUGUAAUGCACCGAAAUUUGGAGAAAUAGAAGAGCGUACGGGAUACGGGGGAGGAUAUAAUGACCGAGGAGUCGUUGAAUAUAAAGAAAGGAGGGAUGAUGAUGACGAGUAUGAUGAAUUUGGGCGCCGUAAAAAGAAACGAAAGAUUGAAAAUCGCUCAGAUGAUGAUUCCAAAGAUUCUAGGUAUAGCAGCCCAUCGCGUAACAAAUCUAAAGAUGAAGACGAAAGAGAUGAAGUGGAAGAUGAAGAAGAUCAAAAUGACGAAGACGAAGAAGAGGAAGACGACGAAGAAGAUGGCGAUUUAUCAAAAUAUGAUCUUAGUGAAUGGGAUGAUUUCGCAGUUAAGAAAAAUACAAAUGGGAGCACUGCAUCUUCAGAAGAACAACAAUCAAGAGAUAAAGAUGACUGGCGCGAUUCGGGAACAUCCAGUCAAUGAGAAAAUACGCAGAAGGAAAGGUGAGAGGAAAUCCCAAGAGCGAAAAAUUGCUCUACAACUAAGAGGUAUAACACAACGCAACAAAUUUAGUGAUUUAG